AUGGAUGCUUUAUCUAAAGGUCUAAAUUUUGCACCUACACUGAGGAAAAUAUCUGUGGAAUCAAUGAUUACAAAUGUGGCGGACACUAUUGCGCGCAAUAAAAAAAACUGCCAUGAAGCUGAGUGUUUAAGACAGGACGUUUUACAGGUAUUAAGAAAAUCCAAGCUACCUAAGCCUAACAUAGUCAGGUCCGAGUUGAAUACUCUGGAUGCACUACGAAGGAAUUCUGAUGUACUGGUUCUGCCGGCGCACAAAAGUAAUGCCACAGUCAUCGUUGACACGCGGGAUUAUGAAGAAAAGAUGAAUAACUUGUUGUGUGACAGUGGUACGUAUAAAAGAAGUUACACCUCCAACCAACCAACCAAACAUCAACUUAUGUGA